AUGAAUAUAAAAUGGCUGUCUAGUAUAUCUCUCUUCAAUUUUAAUAAAAAAAACAGCAAACAAAAAUUUGUAAGGAGCCGUAAAAGAUUCCGUACAAUAACUUGGAAAUAUACAAAAACUAUUGGACCUUUUGCUUCAUUUAUAUACUUAUUUAAUCAAAGCAUAGGAUCAGGUUUAUUUGACAUCCCAAGUUUGAUAGAUGAAGUAGGAUGGAUUCCAGUAAUAUUUGGAAAUUUUUUCGUAUGUUCCGUUGCCGUUUUUUGUAGUUUAAUGAUUUUAAGAGCUAUGACUAUGAUACCAAAAAACAAAAAUUUUGAGCAAAGAAUUGAAUAUAGUGCUGUUAUAAAGUAUUUUAUGUCAAACGAAAAAUAUAGAUUUGUUUCAUUCUUAUAUCAUUUAGGUAAUAUAUGUAAUAAUAUAUGCGGAAUACUUGUUAUAUCAAAAAUAAUAGAUAUAUUCAUUAUUAAAUUAUUUGGAUACACUAUAUUGUUUCAAGUUUACCCAGAAGUAAAAAUCACGAAAUGUUCAUUAACUCUUUUAGAUGCCAUUUUUAAUGGAUACUAUUAUUCAAGUACAGGGAAUUAUGAAACUGUAAUUAUAGCAGGAUUUACAAUUGGAUACAUCAUUAACGCAAUUAUAUGCAUACAUUUAUCAUCUAAAGGUCUAGAAGAAACUAUAAAUUAUCAAUAUAUUGUUUUCAUGAUAUUUAUGAGUUCUUUUUUAUAUUUAUCCAUUUCUUCAACAAUAUAUUUGCUUUCUCAAAAUUAUAUUGAUCCACCUAAAUCUAUUAACAAUUUAAAAUUAUAUAACAAUUUUAUAUUAAAUAGUAUAAAUCAUGAGCCAGAUUUAAUUAAACAUUAUCAAGGAUUUAAUGAAAUUAAUAAAUUAAAAAAGAAGUUUCAACAAUGUAGAAACCCAUUUGUUGAUGAAUGCAUAAAUCUGAGAGAAUAUGAAAAUUUCAGUUUCUCAAGAGAAUCCUACAGGAAUGAUUAUUAUGAUAAAAUAAAUAAAAAUGGAAAUAGUGUAAAGAUAAAAAAAAGUGAUAACUUAGAAAAUUCCCAAACAAACAAAAAAAAAGAAAUAAAUUUCGAAAACUUACACAUUUGCCCUUUUUUUUACUUAAACCCUUUACUUAAAAAAAAGACAUACGUAUUUCAUAACAACAUUUUUUACUUUAUUUUAUUUCGUUGUUCUAAUGAUUUAAAAAUUAAAAAUACGACCAAUAACCAGUAUUUUUAUUUUAUCUAUAAAAUAUACAGUAGAAGGAAUAGUCUAAAUUCUAAAGUUCCAAAAUAUAAAAUUAAAGAAUUAUAUACAAAAGAAACCUUUGUAAAAAAAGAAAAUUACCAAUUUACAAAUAAAUUUUAUGAUAAAUAUUAUCAAAACAAAGGAAAAUCAUUAAAUGGAAAAAAUAAAUAUUUUUUUUUUAAAAACUUAUAUUAUAUGAUAAGUAAGAUAGAGGGAAUAAAAACUUAUUGUAUGGGGAAAACGUUUGCUAAUUUUAUUGAUUCUUAUGGGUUUGUAAGUAAUAUACCAUCUUGGGGCAAUGAAAUAACUGAUGAAGUUAAUGUUUCUAAAUCUAUUUGGCUUACUACUCUUUUUAGUAGCAUUUUUUAUUUUGUAUUUGGCUUAAUUUUUUGUUUAAAUAAUUCUUUUCAAAAAAUUAAUACAUCCGUUUUAUAUAUCUUUAAUUUUGUUGCUGUAGCACCCAAAGUUAUAACAGGUUCCAUAUCAAUGCGUUAUGAUUUAAUGAAUUUAGACAUAUGUUCUGACAAAUCAGCUUUUUUUUGGGGAUGUAUAGCUCCUUUUUUGUCUGCAUGGAUAUUUUCGAAUGGUAUUAUUUUUUCAAACACAUUUAAUUAUAUAAGUCUAAUUUGCGGUCUUUUUUGUAAUUUUUUAUCACCUGCCUUUGCAUAUAUAUCAGCUUGUGAAAGUAACAAUUAUAUUUGUAAAAAUCCCCUAAGAAAAUAUACUAUUGUUAACAGAAAAAAAACAAUGUUUUCAUCAUGCACAGACAUUAGAAGAGCACUUGGAAAUAUAAUUGAUAAUCUUAUUGAUAAUGAUAAAAAUGACCAGAUAGAAGAAAAUGAAAACAAUAUAACAAAAGAAUAUUACAGAAAAUAUUCAUUAGAUUAUUAUGAAAAUAAAAAUGAACCAAUAAAUUAUGAAACUAAUGAUAGUUAUUUUAAAUUUGUAAAUGGUGAAUAUAAACUUAAAAACGGUUCUAAUGAUAGUAACGAAGUCAAUGUUCCUUUGAAAAGAAGCUCAAAUGAUUUUAAAACAAUAAAUAAUAGUAAUAUAUUUACUAAUGAAAAUAAAGAUCAUAAUAAUUUUAACGAAAGUAAAAAAGAAACUAUUAUUAAUAAUAUGAAUCAAGAAAAAAAAGAAAAAAAAGAAAAAAAAAAAAAAGGAGUGAUGUUUUCAGAUGAAUUAGAAGAAUAUUCUGAAGAGAACAAAGUAAAAGUGAAAAAAGUACCUAUAUCAUUUGAAGAAGAUACAAAAAAUAUUGAUGAAUCUAAAAAAGAAAAAAAAAAAAAAAAAAAGGUGGCAUUUUUCAGUGAAUCCAAUAUAAUUAAUGAAGAAAAAAAUCCUAAGAACAAUGAGAAAUUCUGUCAACUUUCUGAAAAUAAAAAUCCCACUGACCAAAAAGAAAAAUUAAAUACAAAAAAAAAAUUAAUGUUUUCAGACGAAAUUGAGAUAUAUGGCGACGACAAAAGUGAGCAAAAUAAAGAAAAAAAGAAGAAAGGAAUAAUAUUUUUUGAUGAAGUAAAAAAAGAUAAGGAAGUAAUGUUCGUAGAUGAGAUAAAAGUAAAUAAUACAGAUGAUGCGAAAAAUAUUAUAUAUAAAUCAUUUGAAGAAGAUACAAAAUAUGUUGAUCAAAAUAAAGAAAUAAAGAAAAAAAAAGGUGUACAAUUUUCAGAUGAAGCAAAAAUUCAUGAUGAUUAUACUGAACAAAAUAAAAAAAAAAAAAUAGUAAUAUUUUCUAAUAAUAUAAAAGUAUGUAAUGAAUAUUAUAAUAAAGCAAAUGAACAAAUUGAAAAAAAAGUAAUAUUAACUUCAAACGAAAAAAAAACACAUAAUGAAAAAAACGAUGUAAAAGAAGAUCAUGAACUUAAUAUGUCUCUUAAAGACAAAAAAUGUAAUUAUGAAAAUGAAAAAGAAAGAAAAAAUUUUAAAUUUAAACGUGAUAUUGAAAAUAUAUCAGAAAAAAAUUAUAUUAAUAAGGGGAAUACAAACAUAUUUAUAAAUGGGAACAUAACUUCUACUGUAGCAAAUAACUUAAAAUAUGAACCAACUUUGAAGUUAUCCAAUGAAAACUAUGUUAAUAAUAGAGAAUUUGAAACAUUAAAAGAGAAAAAAUAUAUCACAUCUAUAGAGUCAAAGAACAAUAGCAACUUAGAGAAUAUUGCAAGGGAUAUAAAAUGCAAUUCAUUAAAUGAAGAGAUUUACAAUGAAAUAAAAAAUGAAAAAAAAAUUAAUAAAAGCAAUGAAAAAAAUUAUUUAAGUUCAAACGAUAAUAUCAAUUACACUAAUGAUCAUACGAAUAUUAAUCAAAAAUAUUUUUCUGAAAAAAUACCGAAAUAUCAAAUAAAAAUAAGUAAUAAUGAAUUUGUAAGCGAAACGAACAACGAAAGCUGCGAAAAUAUACAUAAUUUUGAAAAUGAAAAUAAAGUAGUCAACAAUAAAAAAGAAAAGAGUAAUAUUAAUAAUAAAGAUAAAAUAAAAUAUGAAAAAGAUGAAAAAGAAACUUCCUUUAAAAAUAAACUAAAUGACUUUAAAAAAGAAAAAUUAAAUGAAAAAAUUGAUUCAUGUGUAGAAUAUGAAAGAAAUUUUAGUGAUUCAGUUGUAAAUUAUAACGUAAAUGAUCUUAAAAUAGAACAUAAAGAAAAUGAAUCAAUAACAAAAAACUGUAGUUUUGAAUGUCAUAAACAAGUUUUUACACGCCAAAGAGAAAAGCUAAAAUCUCAAUAUAAAUGUACUAUAUCGAGGAUAUUAGAAAAUAAUGAAAAAUAUAAUAAUUUAAUGAAAGAUAUAGAGUCUUUAAAAUAUAAAGAGCAAAAUACUAACAUUUCUUUUGACACAGUAAUAAAUCAAACUUUAAAUGAUGAAAAAAAUACUUUUAAUAGUAUUUUAAAUAAAAAUGGUAAUAAAUCUAAUGAUAAAAUAUUUAUUUUUGAAGCCUUAGGAAAUGUUGACUUUCGUAGUGAAAAUACAUUUUGCUAUGCUAAUGAUAGUAUUAUGCACAAUCUACAAAGCAUUAAAUCUUAUGAUACAUAUAAAACAACUUCUUUAGAAAAUUGUGAGAAUACAAAAAUAAAAAUCAAUUCAAUUUCAAAUGAGAAGAGUAAUAACUCUUUCUCUUUAAUAAAAAAUAAUUCUGAAAAUAACAAAAUAAUAGAUAAAAUACCUGAAACAAAAUUUUUAGAAGAUUUAAUUUUAAGAAAAAGAGAACUUAUUGAAUCAAAUAAAGAAAACUUAAGAAAAAAUAUUUUAAUGAACAAGAAAGAAUUAACAAAUGAAAAUGAUUUAAACAACUUAAAAUUUUUACAUAAAAGCAUUUCCAUUAAUCAAAACAAUGUUAUUGAUAAGUUAGAAACUUGCUAUUUUGAUGAUUUACCUUCUAAAUACAAUAGCAUAGAUAAAAAAAGAGAGAUUUUAAAAAUGCAUCCAUCUAUAAAUAAUAAUUCUGAAUGUAUUAUAUCUCUCAAUAAUUCUAAGUCCGAUUUACAAAAUGAUAAAUAUGAUAUAAAUGUAUAUUCUCCACAAGUAAAUAGUGCAUCAAAACUCCAAAAAGAUGAAAGUGUAAAAGCAAAGGAAGAAAAUUUUAUAGAUAAAAAAGGUAUUAAAAAAGAUAAUACUUUACAAUUAAAUGAUUCUAAUAGUCAAGAUUAUUCAUCUUCUAAGAUUCUACUACCGCAGAGUAAUAGUAUAUUAAAAAAAGAAAUGGAUACUUUAAAUGAAUCGAAUUUAAUUAAAGAAAAUAAUAUUAACAAUAAUACUAAUAAUAAGUAUGAAAAUAACAAAUUAUUUGUUCGACAAAGAAAAAAAUUAAAAUCUUCAUUUCAUGCAAAUGGGGACAUGAUUAUAGGAAAUAGUAAAGAAGCGAUACACAAAGAACAAAUUAAUGAAUUUCGCAAAAAAAUAAGCAACGAUUCUUGUAUAUAUAAUUAUUAUAAUAACUAUAAAUCAUCAAAUACUUUAAAACAAAAUUGUCAUCAAAUGAAAAAAGAGGAAAUAACUAAAGAAGGAACGGAUAACGCUAAAAUUGUUAAUGAUCUAAGGUUAGAAAUACCAACAGGAAAUAUUGUCAAUUCAAAUGAAGUGUCAAUAAAAACUCAAAAUGAUGUAGUAUUAAAAUCAAAAGAAUUAUCUAAACCUAUUGGAGUUCCUAAACAUAAAACUUCUUACAAGUUUAAAGAUAUAUCUAAAUUGUAUGGAGAAAUAUGUGAAACUGAAUUAGAACUAUACAAAAAUAAAAAUGAAAAAGAUUUGGAACUUUCUCCAUUUGAUAAAAAUAUAUUAAAUAAAAAUGAAGAUAUAUCUAGUAAAGAUAUAGAUGAAUACAUUAUUGAGUCAACAGAUAAGACAAAAAAUGAAUCCAAUAAAAAUAUUAAACUAGUAGAUAAACAAAAUGAAAAUUUGGAGAAACAUUCGCUGUCACCAGAAACUGAAAAACCAGAUGUUAUAAAAAAAAUUGAAAAAAUAUAUAGCGAAUUAGCAAAUAAAAUGCAUUCUGAAAAUCCUGAAAAUUCCUCUAGUGAAGAUGAUGAUGAUGAUGCUAAUUAUAUUGAUGUAAAAUCUUUUAAAAUUAUUGAUAAUAUCAGCCCUGUUAAAUAUUAUUAUAAUGCUUUUCAUAGAAGUAAAAUUUUAGAUACAAAAAAAUAUGAACAUUUUUAUUCAAAUAAUAUUAUGAUAGACAAUAAAACAAAUUUGGAUCAUUUAUGCUCAAUAUUUUUAUUUGGAAAUCCCUUAGAAAGAAAUGAAGAAUAUGCAAAUGAAAAAGAUAAGAGUGUAGAUAAUGAAUUCAACAAGGCAUCUAAUAUUUCCAAAAACACAAAACUAAAUCCUCUAGAUAAAUUUGAUACCUUAAAAUGUGAAAAACCCAAAAGUACAUCACUGAAUUCAAAUAUGCAUGGAACGAAUGAAUCUUUGAAUCGUUCCUUUUCUGGUAAUUUAGAAAAGCAUAGUGAAAUAAUUAGGAAAAAUGUAAAUGAAAGAAAUAGUUUACAAAGUAUUAAAGGAAUUUCUUUAAGAAAAUCAAACAUAAAAUUUAGUACAAAAGAUGAAAUUAUUAACUAUGAGGAAUUAAAUAAUGUAAUUGGAAAUGAUGAUGUUAACUUGAAGAAAAAUAAUUCAGAAAAAAUAGAAAUAAUGAAAAUUAGAAUUCAUGUGUAUCCAUCUAUUCUUCAGAAAUAUCAUGUAGAAACUACUUACGUAUUGUUGGGUUGUUUGACCGCUUUUUCAUUUGUUGGUAUUAUAACUGACUUAUUAUUUGGUUGA